GAAUGUAACAUGAAAUCUCACAACCGCUCUCACUUCAUGCUGUAGAAGACAAUUUUUAACAAUUGAUCAUCUCUCAACCGCUCACUUUAAAUUAUCCUUUUGCAAGUGGGACUUUUCUCCAUCCAAAGUUUGAUUCUAUAUCGAUCAAGUCUUCGUCUGCGUCUCCCUCUUUGUCUCAACUCUUCACCUUCGUCUUCGUCUUUGUCUCAACCUCAAGUCUUCGUCUUCGUCUUUGUCUUCUUCUCAGUCGGGCCGACAUUUGUAUGGACCACGAGAGAGUAGGGAUGGAAAACCCACACCCAUCAAGACUCUCAAGUCUUGUAAUAUUUCUGUAUAUAGCUUGCACUUAUUAGCGACUUAAUUAUCAUAAUACAAUCACAAUUUGCAGCCAUGGAGAUAAAGCUUUCUUGCAUUUUGCAGUAUGCAUUCCUAAUUACCAUAACCUUUCCAAUGCUUUCUUCUGAAACCAAACAACCUAAGAGCCUUGCAACUGAUCAAACUGCCCUUCUUUCACUCAAACAUAGAUCUCUUUUACUUGCAACUAAUUGGACCAACUCCACCUCCGUCUGCAGCUGGAUUGGCGUCACUUGCAGCUUGCGCCACCCAAGAGUGUCUGCGUUGAAUCUCUCCAACAUGGCUCUCUCCGCCACCAUUCCACCGCAGCUCGGACACCUCUCCUUCCUCAUCUCCCUCGACCUCACCAACAACCUUUUCCAUGGAGAUUUGCCUCAAGAGCUGUCUCUCCUUCGCCGUUUGAAGUUCAUAUCUUUCCGACUCAACAACUUCACCGGAGACAUCCCUCCGAUGUUGGGUCAGUUACCAAAAUUAGAGUACUUGAAUUUACGCAACAACAGCUUCAUAGGUUCCAUCCCAAAAUCGCUCUCAAACCUCACAAACCUACAAUUUCUUGACUUAUCAUUCAAUUCUCUAAGUAGAGAAAUUCCAAAAGAGUUGGGAAGACUUCAAAGUCUACAAACUCUGAAUGUUCAAUUCAAUCAUUUGUCGGGUGCUAUACCAUCAGCCAUAUUCAACAUCUCGACCCGUGUAGCUAUAGCUUUGACAGGCAAUGAAUUGAGUGGAAGUCUUUCAACAGACAUGUGCCGUAAUCUUCCAUUUCUUGCUGGGAUUUAUCUUUCUGACAAUCAGCUGAGUGGCGCGAUUCCCACAAAUGUAUCCCAAUGUUCAGGGCUUGAGGUGUUGGGCCUCUCUUACAACUCUUUUAGUGGGGAGAUACCUUCUGAAAUCGGCUACUUAACAUCUCUUCAGCAUUUAUCUCUUGGUGGUAACAAUUUGAAUGGAAUACUAUCACAUGUGAUUGGCCAACUUCAGAGUCUUGUUACUUUUGGUGCUGAACAGAAUGAGAUUGCGGGCUCAAUUGAUUUCAUUUUCAUGAAUAUGACUUCUCUGCAAACCUUAAUACUAUGGCGUAACAAAUUCACGGGGAACCUUUCAAGGGAUGUCGUGAAUAUUACCAUGCUAACAGAGUUAGAGCUCCAUAUGAAAACCAUUUCACAGGGCUUAUUCCCACUGAAUUUGGCCAACUUUACCAUUUGGAGACAUUAUACCUACAAUUGAACAGCUUGAGUGGUUCGAUUCCACAUGAGCUCUUUAACAUUUCAACUCUUCGGAUUCUUGCAAUUAACAACAAUGCCCUGUCAGGGGUUCUUCCAACCCAUUUAUGCCAUGCCUCUCCCUUUCUCGAAGAACUUUAUCUUGCCAUAAAUUCUAUCACCGGAGCAAUACCCAACUCCAUCUCUAACUGUUCUCAACUCACAAUUCUCUCACUUGCUAUAAACAAAUUCAGUGGUUAUAUACCUACUCAUCUCGGCAACCUAAGGCAUCUCCAAAGACUUGAACUGUCCACCAACAAUCUUACCCAGGCACCAUCUUCUUCCUUCAUUACUUCAUUGACAAAUUGCAGGUCUCUAACUGAAUUGUCAAUUGAUGUUAAUCCUCUAAGCGGCGUCAUUCCAGCUUCUGUCGGGAACUUAUCUUCCUCACUCGAAAGAUUCACUGCCACCAACUGCAAAUUCAGUGGCAGCAUUCCUGUUGAAAUAGGCAAUUUAAGCAAUUUGAUGAUAUUGGAGUUGUCAGCAAAUGAGUUAUCUGGUAAUAUUCCACCAACUAUAAGCCAUUUGCAUCAACUUCAAGGAUUAGAUCUAUCUCACAACAUGUUGGGAGGCUCAAUACCACAUGCUAUAUGUGAUCUAUUCCGCCUCGACACUUUAGUUAUGAGCCACAAUCAAUUUUCAGGCCCAAUUCCUAAAUGUCUGGAAAAUGUCUCUUCUAUAAGAAUUCUUCAUCUAGGCUCCAACAUGUUGAAUUCAAGCAUACCUUCAAGCUUAUGGGGCCUAAAAGAUUUGAACUCUCUAGACUUGUCCUCAAAUUCAUUAAAUGGGUUCUUACCACAAGAGAUAAGUAACUUAGGAGCAGCAAUACAUAUAAACCUAUCGAUGAAUCAGUUGUCAAAGUCUAUUCCUAGCACUAUUGGGAAGUUGCAGAAUUUGAUUAAUCUGUCUUUGGCAAAUAAUAGACUAGAAGGUUCUAUUCCUGUGUCAAUGGGAAGCAUGAUCAAUUUGGCAAAUCUCGAUUUGUCAUACAACAACCUCUCUGGUUCAAUUCCAAAGUCUUUAGAAGAACUUCAACACCUCGACUCCUUUAAUGUCUCUUUCAAUAGUCUAAGUGGAGAAAUUCCUAAUGAAGGUUCUUUUAGAAACUUCACUACGUAUUGUUUUAAGGGUAAUGAGGCACUGUGUGGAAUCCCCAAGUUCCAUGUCCAAAUUUGCUCUUCAAUUACUAAUCACAGAUCAAAGAGAAAGAAGGUGGAACGAGCUUCAUUUAUUGUUUUCGGGGUUGUGGCUUUCAUCUCAGUUGUUUCUUUGGCCUUUAUAAUUGUCAAAAACAAAAGGAAAGAUAAGACGACUAGCAGAGAAGGUGAUGAGUUGAUAUUCAUUGUGCCGGAAAGAAUCUCUUAUUAUGAACUGCUGCAAGCAACGGAAAGAUUCGAUGAAAGCAAUUUACUUGGCACUGGGAGUUCUUGCUCUGUUUAUAAAGGAAUUCUUAACAAUGGGAAGGAUAUCGUUGUCAAGGUGUUUAAUAUGCAGCUAGAAGGUAUUUCAAGAAUAUUUGAUGUCGAAUGUGAGAUACUACGUAGCAUUCGACACAGGAAUCUGACAAACGUCAUAAGCAGUUGCUCCAAUGAAGAGUUCAAGGCAUUAGUACUUGAAUAUAUGCCAAAGGGAAACCUUGAAAAAUGGUUAUAUUCCCACAACUAUUGCUUGAAUAUGAUGGAAAGAUUGAAUAUAAUGAUUGACGUUGCAUCUGCUUUGGAGUAUCUUCACCACGGUUAUUCAAUGCCCAUUAUCCACAGCGACUUGAAGCCUAGUAAUGUGCUGUUAGAUGAAGACAUGGUUGCCCAUGUAAGCGACUUUGGGAUAGCAAAGUUGUUAUGCGGUGGACAUAGCUUUGUGUUAACCAACACGCUAGCAACAUUGGGUUACAUCGCUCCAGGUGAAGUUUCUCUAAAUAUAUUGAUUGCACUUCACUUUCAAUCAAUUAAUUAUUGUGUCUUCCUUACUGCAUAAAUGAUGAUUUUUGUUGUUCCAGAGUAUGGCUUGGAAGGGCUAGUUUCAACAAGGUGUGAUGUGUAUAGCUACGGGGUGAUGUUGAUUGAAACUUUUACGAGAAAAAGGCCUAGUGAUGAUAUGUUUUGCGGAGAUAUGAGCUUAAAGAGAUGGGUAGAAAUCUCACUUUCAGAUGAAGUGAUAGAUGCCAACUUAGUCAUGAAUUUGGAGGAAGAAAUGAUUGACAAGAAUAUGAAGUGUGUAUCAUCCAUACUCGAAUUGGCUUUGAAAUGCUCUGCCGACUCUCCCGGGGAUAGAAUCAACAUGAAACAAGCACAUGCAGAGUUGCAGAAAAUCAAACAUCGAUUU